AAACAUCUGAUCCAGAAUACUUUUCAUACAGAAAAUGUGUUUCAAGAAGUCAGGUAAGUACAUUUAAUUUAAAAAAAAAAAUCAGAUUAUGAAAGAAAGUGACCAUAUGGUUGGAGUUUGCCCAAGUGUGAUUUCGCACCUCACCACCGUGGCGCAUGGAGACACUUGGGGACGCGUCAAAGCGCAAUUUGGCACCAGCAGACCGGGCCCCUGAUAAAUAGGGGCUUCCUGCAUGCCUUCAGCCACACAUCCUCUAAGGACCUUAAGCAGGACUGAUCGCCACAAGGACACAAGGAACCAUGGAAACUUUUACUUCAAACAGCGGACUAUCUUCUAUUCUUACUGGAAACAAUGUUUCACAACAGCCCGGUCGUUUGUGGAGACCGUGGACUGGAAAUGCGAACAGAAGUGCCGUACAGAAGGCUCAUAUUCACGGAGACCUUUCUGCUUCAAAACAACCGAAAACUCCUCAGGUCGUUCAUCCAGUGAAGUUGUACUGGCCCAAAUCCAGAUGUUUCGAUUAUCUGUACCAGGACGCAGAGAUGCUGCUGCGUAACUAUCCGGUGCAAGCGACCAUCUGCCCGUAUGAAGACUCCAGCAGCGACGAAGAGAGCGAUGAUGAAGAGGAGGAGAUGGAGAAAGAGCUGAACUGAACGAAGCCCAAACUUUUGCAUAUUGUCAUAAUAUAUUUUUCUUAACUUAUUACUGUAAAUAUGUGUAAAUAGACCCAUUGUCUUUUGUCAAGAAUGUACGCUUAAGUUAUUCAUUUAACAUUUCUACCUCUUUUGUAUUUUGCUG